GUCAAAUAUAGCAAUAUUAAAUAUUUCUCCUCCCAUUAGUUUUUUUAAUGUCAUGUUCCAAAAUUCUCCAGACAAUCGUUUUCUGUCUUUAGAAGUUUAAAAACUGGGAUUCCCUUGCAGGACUGAAAAACAUUUAAAAAAAAUAAUUGGUUGUUGAUAAAGGAAAUGGAUUUAGGCAAACUAAUAUAUAUCUUUUUUCUAUUUUUACCAUCUUAUAUGGCGCAGAAGCAGGGUUGUCCGCAGGACUGCAAAUGCCCAGAGAAUUCCUCGUGCCCCCCUGGUACACCCAGAGUUCUAGACAGCUGCGGAUGUGGCUGUGAGGUAUGCGCACAACGUUUAAAUUCCCCUUGCGAUGGACUGCAACCAUGUGACCCCUUGCAGAAUCUGACAUGCGUUUAUCACGGAAGCUCUUGGGAGCAGCAGGGAGAAUGUAAAGAUCUUCAUAACUUCAAGUCGUGCUUCAUGAAUAACACAGAGAUUCUUCACGGGCAAAACCUCCAGAUUGCGUGUGAGAGCUACUGCACUUGUGAAAAUGGCAGUAUAUAUUGCUUCCCCUAUUGCCCACAUAGCCCACCUGUCCUGAUGCCUGGAUGCAAAAACAUACAGCUGGUGACUGUUCCAGGGCAGUGCUGUAAGGAGUGGAGGUGCGUAGAGAAAUCUGAAACAUUCAUGAAUCGUGAGAUUUUACACAGCAGUAAUGCCAACAAAACCACUGUGGGGGGAAGUGUCACCCUUAGCCAAUCACUGAUUACUAAAAAGAAGACGAAGAGACAAGCUCCUCAGACUGAUGAUUCCCAGGAGGCAACGCCAAUGAAAACUUCAUCUGUCUGUGGUGCAGACCCAACAGAGUGGACACCUUGUUCACGGACCUGUGGAUUUGGAGGUUCUGUACGAAUAAUUUAUGUAGGAAGAAGAUGCACCCCAAGAGCAGAGAGAAGAUUGUGUAUGAUCAGACCUUGUGAAGGGGAGUACAGCACCGCAAAUUACACGGUUCUUCAGUCCACAGAUGUGUGUAGCCGUGUCCUCCGCUGGACAAAGCCCUUCCUACUGCAGCAUCGUAACUGCCAAACAAAGAAGCCCUUGCUCCCCAAGUUCUGUGGGAGCUGCUCAGAUGGACGGAUGUGCACACCAUUUCUAAGCGAGACUCGCUCAGUGGACUUUCAGUGCCCAAACUUACCCUCUCGUAGGGUUAAACAUCGGAUAAUGUGGGUGCAGAAGUGCCACUGUAGAGGAAAAGGAAAAAAGAAAGAUAAUGUAAAAAAAGAGAACAAGAGAAGAAAGAUGGAAAGAAAGAAAGGGGGGAAGGAGAUAUAGGAAAAUUAGAUUUAAGGAGGUGGGGAAAAUUGGGAAAAGAAUGGGGGACAUACGGAUAUCAAAGGUAAAAUUCAAUGUUAUAAGGGGAACAGUAAAAUGGAAAUUCAGUUUAUAGCAGGAAAACAGAAUGAUACAGGAAUAAUAAUGAGAAAGAAGAAAGAAUGUAGAGGUGGAAGAAAAUGUAGGAACAAAGAUACACCAGAAAUGAAAUAAUGAAGGAGGGAAAAGGGAAAGGAGGGAAUCAAGGAAUGUGACUAGAUGACAAAGGAAGGAAGGUUGAUGAAACUGGAAGGAGGGUCAAGACAAACUUUGAAAAGGAAGAGAUGAAUGAAUAUGGAAGGAAGCAGAGGAGGAUGGAGGAAAAGAGAGAGGAAGGAAAGGAAAGCUGAAUAAGGAAGGAGGGUGGUAAGGAUGGAGGGAAAAGAAGGAAGGGAGGCAAUGAAGAUGGAUGAGGAAGAAUUAUGAUGGAGGAAAGUAAGAAGGAAGGCAGUUGGAUAGGGAAGAGAGGAUGAAAGGAGGUAGAUGAUGAAAGAAGAAAAGAUGAAAGAAAAGUGAAAAAGAGGGGAGGAAAGUGGAUGAAACUCAAAAGAGGAGGUCAGAUUUGAGGAGAAGACAAAAGAAGGAAAUGGAAGAGGUAAAUGAGGAAGGAACGAGAAGAGGAAGGAGGGUGGCUGGAUGAGGAAUAAGAGGGAAGGGUUAGUAAUAAGGAAAGUUGAUGAAUAAGGGAUAGAGGAAGAAAGGAUGAUGGAUGAUUAAGGAAGGAAGAAAAGAAGGAAGGAGGAAAGGAAACUGAAUCAAGAAGGAAUAAGGAAAGGGAGAGAGGUCAAUGAGGAUGGAAGCAGGGUGGGAAGGAUGAAGGACAAGAAGGAAAGGAUUGAAGCAAGUUGGAUGAGAAAACAAAGUGAAAAGAUGAUGUAGGAGAGAAAGUGGAUAGAUGAAGAAUCAACUUAGGAAGAAUGAAGGAACAAGUAUGGGAGAUGGGUGGAUAAGUAAGAGAAAAGAUAAGGUACAGAAAGUAGAUCAAGAAAAAAGGAGCUGAGGAAAGUUGGUGAGGAAGGAGGGAAGAAUAGAUGAAAGGAAAAGAAGAAAGAAGGAGGAAAGGUUGGGAGGUAAGCAAGACGAUGGAUGAGGGGAUAUGUAAUUGAACAUUGAAAGAGGAAUGUAAGGAAAGUGGAUAGAUGAACAAUGAAGCUAGAAAAGAGGGAGUUGGAAGGAAGAUAGGGAGAUAGAUGAAGACAGAAAGGAUGGAUGAUGAAGAAAGAAAGGAAAUAAGUAGAAAAUAGAAGGAUGCCAUUGAGGAAGGAAGGUGGGUGAAAAAGAUAGAGAGACUAUGAAAACGAAGAGAGAUUGAUAGGAAAGGAUAGAGAGAAAUAAAGGAGUAAAGGAAGGAAGAUGGAUAAGGAGGGCAUAUGAAGGGUUGAUGAAGAAGGAAAGGAAGGAAGGUGGAUAGAUGAGGAACUAGUAAGAAAGAGAGGGGAAAUUAGGAAAGAGAGGAGACUGGAAUGGAAAGAGGAAGGAGGGAGGUUGAUAAGAAAGGAAAGAGGUUGGAAUGAUGGAGGAGAAGAAGGAAGAGCGAUAAGAAAAGGAGGUGAAUGGAUGAUAAAGGAAGUAAAGAGAUAAGGUGGACAGAUGGGAAAAAGGACAUUUUGAAGGAAGCAGGGGAGGUAGAUAGGAAGGAAGAUGGAAAAAGAAGGAAGGAGGGGAAGAUAGAUAGUGAGGGCAGUUGUGUAUGAAGUAGGCAUGGGCAUUCGGAUACUUCUUUAUAAGGCGGCCGCUCAUGGCAUACGGCUCUUUUAAGAGCCAGAUUUCUUCUUGUGAAAGUGCAGUGGCUAAGAUCUGGAUUUGCACAAAUCUUAGUGUGUUGCACUUUCACAAGAUAGAAUCCACCUCUAAAAAGAGCCAAAUGCCAUGAGAGGUCGCCUUCUAAAGAAGCAUCUGAAUGCCCAUUCCUAGUAGGGAGGAAGGCGCAAAAGAGAAUGAAAACAAAACCAUGAUAGAAGAGAAAAAUUAGGAAGAGAAUUAGGUUGAGAUGACAGAAAAGCAAAAAAGCAAAAAAGGAAGAAAAGGAAAUUAAGAGAUAUAAAGAGGGAUGGAAAUUAAAGGGGUUGGGUAGAAGAGAUCAUUUGAAAGAAGGUUCUUAAACAGCUUUGCAAUUUCAGUGCACACAUAAAGGGUUUUCAAUGGGCCGCACUAUCUGUAUGUUCUUUCUGAUGACCCUGCAUAGUCAGGCUAUUUUCUGUUGUAGACAUUGCUAAUGCUAUACCAUUACCAGUUAAUAAUUCAUUAAGAAACAUUUGCAAACAACAAAUAUGCAUUAAAUCUGUAACCUUUACACUGUCUCAAUAAAAGUUAAUAUUUUA